UUAAAAAUUAUUAUUUUACAAUCUAGAUAUUAUUAGAAAUAGAUUUUUUAAAAAGAUAAAUAAACCUAAUACCAUCCCAUCUAGGGGAGGAAAAGGCACUGGAAGGAGAAUUGUCCCAAGGAAACUUAGUUAGGGUGACUUCUGUGAUGUGAAAUUUUUGAUUUGGUGUCCCAUUUGAUGUUUGUGGAUCCUCACCCCAUCCAGCAGUCACACCUCUCCCUUCUUUCCCUUCCCUUCUUUGCCCUUCCCCUUCUUCCUUGACAGCCCCUGUCAGUUUGGAAGCCACAGCAGCUCUGGAGAAGUGACAGGACGAGAAAGGCCAGGUUUCCAUGCAUCCACCUACAGACACCUCAGUAUCCAUCCAAAAGCAAUCGCCUCCUCUUCAGCUCCUCCUCAGGCAAUGCUGCUGGCUUUUCCUAAAAAAAAAAAAAAAAAAAAAAAAAAAAUUUAAAAAAUUUUGUUUUCUUCUUCUCACUUCUCCUGUGGGUGAAGAGCAAUGUCCAAGGGCAGGAAUGGAAUAGAAGUGGAAUAUUUGGAACUCAACAUUGAUGAAACAGCCAGAGGACAUGAAUCCUAGAAGAAAUGAAAAGGAAAUAUACCUCACUUGUACAUUUCCCAUCCCAUUUUAGAAAAUGUACAUAAAUACCCUUUGGAUUGUCAGGCCGUCCGUAUUUCUUCUUUAUUCUCCUUCUUCUUCUUCUUUUUUUAUAUGUAUAUAGUGCCGGCCAGGCACUUUGUUUUAUGUUUCCAAUAGCACAUCCCGAAAUUAACCAAAGCAAUACUUGCUCAACUUUCCUGGGCGACAGAGAAGAGAAGUCACCUCUCUGAUUGGCUGUCCCAAGAAAGAACAGAUGAGCAGUCCUCAUUCAAAAGGUCACCCCACCUGCCUGCAGUUCACCCUAAACAUGACUGAAGCUGUCAAAACCUACAAGUGGCAAUGUAUCGAGUGCAAAUCCUGCAUCCUCUGUGGAACUUCUGAGAAUGAUGACCAGCUGCUCUUCUGUGAUGACUGUGACCGCGGCUAUCAUAUGUAUUGUUUAAAUCCCCCUGUUGCUGAGCCCCCUGAAGGGAGCUGGAGUUGCCACUUGUGCUGGGAAUUGCUCAAAGAGAAAGCGUCGGCCUUUGGCUGCCAAGCCUAGGGGGCUCCCCCUAGAUGCAGAAUGUCACCUGUUCCUGUCCAGCUGGUACCAGCACACAAUUUCCAAAUCAGACCAAGCACCCACAUCCCCACACCUAGACAGACCAACAUAAAAGAAAACAGUCACAGAGGGACACACAAGGACACUUGAAAACAAGAGGAGGAGGCAUUUAUUUAUUUCCUUUGGGUGGGUUCCACGACUUCACACAGCCCCUUCCUGGUCUUACUGGAAGGAACUGGUACUUUUCAAGAAAGAAAGCUCCAAUUCCUCCCCUUACUUUCUUUCUCCCCCCACUUCCCCAUUGAAAUCUCCCUCACUUUUGUCUGAGCACUGAAGCUCUCUCACUGGUUUCUGGGCUAAAUGGAAGCCGUUCUGUGAACACUGAAUAGUCAUUCUUGUGCAGUCUAGUGUUUUAUGUUCUCUCUGUUCCAAGAAACUUUCAAUGAUUCUCCAACCCUUUGCCCUCUGGCUUCCCUUCUCCUCCCCCUUCACAAAUCCCACUGGGCAAUGAUGCCUUCCACUCCUUCACUGGUUCAAGAGCAGUGGUUUGUGACUCAUGACAAGGCUGACUGGUAAUUUGCUGGUCCCCAAAGGGCCACUAUCCUGAAAAUCUGGAUUGCCCCCAAACUCUGCCCUCAGAGACUGUAUGUGGAAAAAAGUUCGACUUUCCUGCUUCUAACAAUAUAUGCAAUGGAUGAAUAACCCCAAAGGAUCCAGACACAUUGAAUCGAAUCACUAGAUAGAGGAGUAGGGGGAAAAUGAACAGAAAGAUGAGGGCAAGAGGAAGAGAAUAAUGGGAAAUGUAAAUGAAGUCUUGUGCCACCAACCAGUGUUUGCUCUUUACUUUCCAACUAGGAGAAGCUUUGGAAAGGAUGGUGCUUGUCUGACUGAUUUACAUGUAAUCCCUUGGAUUGAAGUCUUUUUUUUUUUUUUUUUUGGCAGGAGGUAGGGGCGGGGUGGGCAGCAAAUUAGUUUGAAAGGUACUGUAAGCAUAAACUACGGAGAGAAAGAGAAAUAUUCUUUCCUUCCAACUGAACUUUUUGAUCAGCUUUUCUUGCUGGAGUUCCAGGACCACAUCUUGAAGAAUCAGAAGGCCAAGAUGAGACCUUUUUUCUCUGGUAAGGGGGUAACCAAGCCAGAUGUAGAGUUUGAGAGUAGAAGUCCCCUCAGUAUUGAUGUGACACAAGGAGUAUUUUUUGCCAAGUGAUUUUCUCAAUUCUGACAGUAUAUAUUUUCUUUUUUGCGGAGGUGAAUUGAAACAUGACUCCUGGGCGAGUCUUUUAGCUAGCAGAGAGACAAUUAUUGAUUAUUUGAGCAGCAGCCUGACAUGGAGUGGUGAUUUCAAAGUCAGGAGGAGCUGGGUUCAAGUCUCCCAUUUGACACAUGCUGGGUUUGGGAUCUCGGGCAAGUCAAUCAGUGUCUCAGACAAGUCUCUAAGAAGAUAAAUUAAGAACAGGUGCCUAUCUGCAAGAAGAGUUCCCUCACUGGGAGUUCCCUCUUUGCAAGCAGUCACAAAUCUGGUCUCCCUUUCCUCUUUAAAAAGAAAAAAAGGAAAUAAUUAGAAUUAAGAGACUAAAAAUAACCAUUUGCAAGCAUUAUCUUUGGAGGUUCCUUGACUUUCAAAUCUCCCUUUUGACUUUACUUUAAAAAUGAAUUAAUACUUGAAGGUAGAAGAUGUUCAGCUCAGAUUCUAAAAAUGGUGAGCAUUCCAUGAUGGCCCCGUGGGCUGAAACUUGUCAGGCUGCCUUUGAAAUGGGGCAGCGGGUUUCUGGAAAAUCAUUUGCCCAAAGGGCAGGUCUCUGCAGUGGGGACCCUAGCGCAUGCUCUGUUUCCUUGCUAUCAGCUCCAACUCCUUGGUCCGGCUUCUGACUAUAAAGGCAGAGGUUAUUUUUAGCCCACAAACUCCCCCAAGAAGCCUGCUGGGAUUCGGGAUAGCUGGCCACUUCUGCUGCUCUGUUUGCUUUUGGAUUUGGCAGGAGCUCACGUUUCCUGUGCUAAUUGCUGGCAGCCAGUAAAUCAGAUGUAGCAUAGAGAGGAAUUGAAACACUCCCCCCUCCCCCAAUCCCCACCUUUCCCUUUUCCCCAACCCAUUUCUUUGGCUGAAGUGAUCCAUGACAAGAGACUUGGGUCAUUUUCCUGUAGGAGAAUGUAGUCUAUGAGUGAUUUACACACAGGCAUAAUGAUCUCAUUUAAAAGAACUGUCCAGAUGGAAAUCACAUCUUCUUCCCAAAACAUAGCCUUCUCCCUCUGAGCAAUCCCACUUUGGAUUAUGAAGGAUUGAGUAUUUAAGAAGUCUGGAAUGUUUUUUGGAGAUUGACUUUCUUCACACGUGACUUGUUUGUUUUUCCCUUUGCCUACCUGGGAGAGUGAAAUCAGACUGACUAUAUUUUCUAUUUCUGAUGAGGCUCUCUCUUUAAUUCUCUCUGGGCACAAAGGGAUAUUAAUGCUCCAUGCUCUGGAGGGAUUUUAAAUUUUUUAAAAAAUAAUUUUCAUUGAUUUUUUUUGGGGGAUAUUCACUAAAAUAAUCCCAGAUUGCAUAACUCCUUAAAUCUUAAAUAUAUACAUAUAAAUGUGUGUGUCUAUACACACACAGAGA